GUAUCAUUUUUGGAGUCUAAAAUAAACGCAGGAGUUUUGAUGUGAGGUUGGUUAUGCUUAGGCAUGGAUGGAGAGAGUUGUUAUUGAUUGGCUUUUCUUGUGCGGUCUGCAUGGAAGGUCUGUUGACAAUUUCGAGUGGAACUGCCUGCAUAGAAAGAGGGGGGCUGAGGCUGACCGAGUGAAAAAAGAGGUAGAAAAUAAAAAAGGGACCUGCGUGCCACUUGCUACUAGUACUCUAGCAGCAGCAGGAGGUCUUGUCUUAUCUUCUCGUGAGUGGACGUUUGGUUUGACCAACAAACUCACUUUCCCCCGCCGCCUGCCGCCAAACCCUAGAUCGCCGGCGGCCAUGGAGAGCUGGGCGACCUGGGUCGGGACCAGCGUGGCCUCCGCCUUCUUCGCCUCCCUCGAGCGCUGCUCCUGCAUCAACCUCUCCACCGACGACGACGACGAGGAGGAGGAGGAGGUCCUCUCCUCCGCGCCCCGCCACGACGACGACUCCGCCGCCUCUAAGCCCACCGACCUCAGCCCCCUCCCCGAGUCCAAGGGCCAGGACCAGAAGCAAGAGCAGCCGCCCCUGCCGCCCGUAUGAAUACUCCUCUUGUCUUAUGGUGUCGUUAGCUCUACUAUACUAGCUGCUGUGCUCUUCUCUUGGUUGCCAAAUAAGCCGUGUGCUCUUCUCUUGUGUGCAAUGCAGCCCCCUUAUCUGUCUUGUGCCCCUUAUGGCAUGGCGUGUGAAUAUCUGAUUUGUAGCCCUGCCUGUCGUUUCAAUUGACUCAAUAUAUGCAUCGAUUUCCAUCGUGCAAUGCAAUGGCACUGGAUGCCCAUCAACAACUGUAUGGUUUUUCUCUCCCUAUCAUCAAUUGUCGUCCUGUCAAUUGGGAAUUGAGUUGAAUCAAUAUACGCAUCAACAACU